AAAAGCAUGUGUUAGAGUUUCACUACCACUGACUUCGGAUAAAUGAAGCUGAGUCACACAGCCCCCUAUGGGCAGGCGGGGCACAGUGAAUGAAGGCGCUUUCAGGUCAAGUAUUUUGAUGUCUAUGUACCAUGCAUAAAAUAGGAAAACACAAAGAUGGGAAGUGUGAACACUGCAGGGAAAGUGAGACAGUUGAACAUGUAUUAAUGGUGUGUGUUAAAUAUGGGGAGAGGAAACGAUUGAAAACUGUUCUGGAAAAGGCGAAAGAGGUCGCCAAACCGUCAACCCAGUAGAUGGCGGUAAUGACCCAUGAUUCAAGGUGUAAACUGCCAAAAGACAAGAAGAAAAAGAUUCAAUUGGAACAGUAGUGCAUGAUUGAAGACAAACUACUUGACGACACGUCUCUUCUUGUACCAUGACGUAAAAUAAUCCAUUGAAAAGUGGCAGAAAUGUUCGUACACGCCAAGAAUCCGUUCAAUCUCGCUUCUGCUUCGAGUCGUUUGGGUGAACGUUGAAACCUAAGUUAGCCUACCCUACUUUAGCCGCUAGCAAAGAAAACAACGCACGCAAUCUACACGUCGCCAAGCAGGCAAACGUCAAGUCCCAAAAAUGUCAGAUGUCAGUCAAGCGCAUUGUCCUGAACGCCAGGAGGCUGCUUGUGUCAAAGAAGAGGAGGAGGAAGAGUGGUCACACAUCAAGAAGAAGGAAGAAGAAUUGAUCCACAUUAAAGAGGAGUGGGAUGAGUAUUUCAUCAUAGUUGAGAACCCCUGCAUUGAGGUGCAGCAGCAACCUCAUCUCCUUAAAAAGGAGGAGGAGGAUCCUCCAUAUUUUAAAGAGGAGGUGAACAUCUCCAAGUGGACUGUUGAGCCUUUGAAGGUCGAAGAUGGAGGUCCGAGUGAGGCCAGCAGAGAGGCAGAGCCUCCGAGUGGCGGCAGCAGUUCAAAAGAAGGAUCCCAAGCAGGCAAUCUCAUCGCUCAACCAUCAGAGAGUGACGACGCCACAUCGCACUCGCUGUUCUGUUUCAGAAAAUAUCUUGGUGCUGAGUGUCGGGAGCUAGAAUCUCCUGGCGUUAAAGAGAAUGCUGCGCUUCCCCAGAUCAAAGGGGAGGAGCCAGAUCCCUGCCAACAGAAGCAACUUCCGAUCAAAAAGGAGGAUGAAGAGCUGCCAUACGUUAAAGAGGAGGAAGGUAUCACCAGUUCGACUGGUGAGCCCUUGAAAACUGAAGAUGGUCUCAGUGAAGCCAGAGGAGGGGCAGAGUCUCCAAGCUUUACUAAUCAAGAUAAUUUUCCGAUUAACCACUCUGGUGAAAAAAAUUUUGUCUGCUCAGUUUGUGGUCAAAGAUUCAGUAGCAAGACCACCUUAAAACGACACACAAGAACCCACACUGGUGAAAAACCCUUUUCCUGCUCAGAUUGUGGUCAAAGAUUCAGUCACAAUACCACCUUAAAAAGACACACAAGAACCCACACUGGCGAAAAACCCUUUUCCUGCUCAGUUUGUGGUCAGAGAUUCAGUCACAAUAGCACCUUAAAAAGACACACAAGAACCCACACUGGGGAAAAACCUUUUUCCUGCUCAGUUUGUGGUCAAGAUUUCACUGGAAAGCAAACCUUAAAAAGACACGAAAGAACCCACACUGGCGAAAAACCUUUUUCCUGCUUAGUUUGUGAUCAAAGAUUCACUCAAAAGGAACACUUGAAAAUACAUACAAGGACUCACACUGGCGAAAGACCUUUUUCCUGCUCAGUUUGUGGUCAAGGAUUCAGUCACAAGAGCACCUUGAAAAUACACGAAAGAACCCACAGUGGAGAAAAACCUUUUUCCUGUUCAGUUUGUGGUCAAAGGUUCAUUCAUAAGGGAAACUUAACGCAACACACAAGAAUCCACACCGGAGAAAAACCUUUUUCCUGCUCAGUUUGUGGUCAAAGAUUCACUUGGAACGAUCAGAUUAAGAAACACGUGUGUGUGUUGGGUUGAGAAGCAGUGGCCAAGGACUGUCUUGCCUGUCAUCCAUGCUGGCUUCAUCAGAUUUUGCACGAUUUUGGACGAUUGUAUUCUGUAAAGCUUCCUCAAAUCAUGUUAAGGAUGAGUACUUUUGGUGCCCUACACGUGCUUUGUCCAAACCUUGUAUGAUAUGCAUCCACACUCUUGCCAAAAGUAUUGUUUCACCUGAUUUAACUCUCAAGUUAGGUGCCAUUAUUUAUAUAAUACUCUUCCUCUUCCAAACUCCACUUUUCACAGUUAAUAUUUAUAACUAUUGACUCCAAGUUACAAAAAUUCAAAAUCAUUCAAAAAUAAUGUCAUUUAAGAAACACUAGGUAACUUUUCAACCUUUAAAUUUUCACAAUCUUUUUGAUAUGUUGACUGACAACUAGUUGAAUAACACUUCUUUUAUAUCUUGAGGGGUUCUGUAUCGUUUUCACCGGCACUAAUUAACUUUGAGGAGGGUGGCAAGAACCCUGUCACACAAAAUAAAACUACAAAUGUUAAGCUGACUGCUUAACAGCAUAUGUAACUUCCCCCUUUACCCUAUUCAUUCUAAGGACAAAAGUCAAUGCUAACGUUUCGCGCGAAUUCUGCAAAGAUGGCAGGGCAACAGACAAAAAGUUAAGUAUGAGGAGUGUUAUUUAUGUACUUAUAGUUAUAUCUUCACUUGUAUGCAUUAUGUAGUCUUUUCUUCUUAGUCAAAGCAAUCAUGCAUUCACAUUCUGGUUUUAACAUGUACCAUUUUGUGUCAUAUGAGUAAGCUCAGCUAUCUUAGUCCUUUGAAGACCAUAAAGGUGUAACAUGAACCCCCCUCAGUCUACUCAAGUCUUUGUUCAUCUAAUCAGAGGAAGUCACAAGACAUCCCCCAGAACUGUUCCUUGUUGAUCACUGGUUUGAAUGAGUAAACGCCCACUAGAUUGUAAACUGUGCGGUAUAUAGACCCUACUCACCAACGUCACAGAAUGACGUGUCGCUGUAUCCGGACGCCAUAUUGUCCGUCAUUGUUUAUCCGUAUUCUCAAUGGUUUCAAUUUGUCGUGCAAUUUAUAGUGCAAUUCAUGGAAGCCCCGGUGCUUUCAGACGCUGUAAACUCAUUGGAUGCGUUGCAUAAAAGGCGUUAUGUGGAAAAGCUUCAGUCUAUCCAUUCGCCAGAUCCAUUUUUGAUGCCUAAAUCGAUAUUUUUCGACCCGCUGUCUUCGUCGUCUCUGCCUGACAUCUGCUACCCUGAUAUCUACAACUAUCUUGUCCACAGAAACUCAUCCUAUUCUCACGAAACUUUGCAAUGAUCUUAAUUGUGCUUGUCAGCCCAAAACCCUCUAAAUAUAUAUUAAAUGCAUCUUACCAGAUGUAAAAUGACUACUACAUAAUCUGUGGUGAUCGUUUGGUGCCGUUUUCUCGUCGAAUUGCAGCAGUCCAUCUCGCUCUCCUCUCCGGGUCUCUCGGAAUACGGUAGAACUUCAAGUCUCUCCGUCUAUCUUCUCUGUUACUACAACCAACUGCCACACACGCCUUCACCAUUUUGAUUAAUAAUGUUAACGAGCAGAAAAACACGCCAUAAUAGGAGGAAUUUACGUAGCGGUAAUGCUUUAACCCGACGAGCUGAUGGACAAUGUGGCGCGGAGGCGUGGUUGUGACGUCAUGUGAGUAGGGUCUAUAUUGGAGUCAGAUGCUGUAAUGUGUGUGCCUCAUUCAUUAAAAUGUGCUUAUUGUUUGACCGCACCCUAAGACUCAGUAUUUGUGUGUCGACUCCGUUUUUAUUAAAGCCUCCAAAACAGAAAAAGAUUGCGCAGCGUUGAAAGUACGAGGUCGAGAGCCAACGCCAACAAAAUGGUGAACCCGACGUGAUGUCCUGGAGGUCCAAGGCGAACUGACGAUCAUCUUCACAGACUCAUGGCCACAUACUAAAACAGGUAAGCAGAUUUUACUUCUGCACCAUUUACACCUGUUUUAGUAGAGCCUGUGAGGAGAGAUCUGAAUUAGUUGUCCUGGUAAGACAAAUU